UGGCGUUAGCGGAGGGUUAAAUAAAUUACAUUACUGUGCCGUGCGACAUGUAUAACGAGUGUAUUGUGUCCUACACUGGGUUGUAAUGCUAACAGGCUAAGCUAGCCGCUCAUGCUAAACGCACAGCGUUUUUAAAACAUAGAUCGACGGUUUCAUUAAAAAGAAUGGGUUUAGUAUAUAGUUAGUGAAUGAUAAACUAAUCUCACGGCGUUCUUCUCUCUAUUGUUAAAAAUGAGUCUCCGGAAGCAGACACCAAGUGAUUUCCUGAAGCAGAUCAUUGGGAGACCAGUGGUGGUGAAGCUGAACUCUGGUGUGGAUUACAGAGGAGUCCUGGCUUGCCUUGACGGCUACAUGAAUAUCGCCGUGGAACAGACAGAGGAAUAUGUCAAUGGCCAGCUGAAGAACAAGUAUGGAGACGCAUUUCUCAGAGGAAACAAUGUGUUAUACAUCAGCACCCAGAAGAGGAAGAUGUGAAGCCAUUUUACUAGUUUCUUUAUUAAUUAUUACACAGGUAUAUUGUUUACUGUCGAUAUUCGUAAUCAUUUGUAAGCCGACGAUAAUGUUCGAUAAGUUUGUUUCAUGUUUUGUAACGAAAAAUUUGGUGUUCUGCAGAGUGAUGCAGUAAAUUUGUUUUUCAACAAUA